GUGUCUCUCUUCACCAACAUGUCAGCGUAGGAGUUUUUAUCAAAACUUUACAGUCAAUAUUUAAUACAUUUAGACUCGUAACUGUUAGCAGUUGCAGGAAUAUGGUGUGUGAGCGUAGCGUAGACUUAGUGAAGCCUUUCCGGGAUGGUUUAAUUGUUAAGUUGAUAGUUUUGGUGGUAUUCAUCAGCAUAAACUCCCCGGUGUCUGGCUGUGAAGGAAUCCCCUCAGAGAGAUGUCUCAUCUGGGGUCCAGGGCUGAACGCCGACACGGUGCUACCUGUCCGCUACUUCUUCAUCCAGGCGGUCGGUUCAAACGGAGAGAACCUGACUCUGUCUCCAGGUAAAGACACCUUUCAAGUGAAGAUAACUCCGCUGGACAAGAAGGAGCACAUCCGCAUCCACGUCCCCCCACCUCUGGACAGAGGGGACGGGUCCUUCGUGGUGAGGUACCGGCUCUACGGCACCGUGCUGACGGGCCUCCAGGUGGAGGUCCGCCACCGAGAUGCUGCUGUUGCCAAGUCACCCUACACCAUCCAAGGUCCGGUCUAUCAUGAGUACUGCGACUGUCCGGAGCCCGAGCCUUCCGUUUGGCAGAGCAUCAUGCAGUGUCCCGCCGAGGAACCUCAGGUUGUGGCGGACUUCAAAGCUUUUCCAACCAUCGACCUGCAGCGUCUCAGACAGGAAGUGCCUCACAGGUUCAUCAACAGAGGAGGCCUCAUUCACUACGCCAUCAUCAACAACCAGCUGUACCGCCGCACGCUGGGGAAAUACACCGACUUCAAGAUGUUCUCUGACGAAAUGCUGCUCUCCCUCACCAGGAAGGUGAGGGUGCCUGAUGUGGAGUUCUUCAUCAAUGUGGGCGACUGGCCGUUAGAGACGAGGAGGGCGGAUGCUGUUCCGGUCUUGUCGUGGUGUGGCUCUGUAGACACUCGGGACAUUGUCCUCCCCACCUAUGAGGUCACACACUCCACCCUGGAGACUAUGAGAGGUGUCACCAAUGACCUGCUGUCCAUCCAGGGAAACACAGGGCCUCCGUGGAUGAACAAAACGGACCGGGCCUUUUUCCGUGGCCGGGACAGUCGAGAGGAGCGUCUCCAGCUGGUGUCUCUGUCCAAGAAGAGCCCCGAGCUGCUGGACGCAGGAAUCACAGGCUGGUUCUUCUUCAGAGACCGGGAGAAAGAUGUGGGCAAAGCGCCGCUCGUUGGAUUCUUUGACUUCUUCAAGUACAAGUACCAGGUGAACGUGGAUGGAACGGUGGCAGCGUAUCGGUUCCCUUACCUGAUGCUGGGGAACAGUCUGGUUCUGAAGCAGGACUCUCAGUAUUAUGAAUACUUCUACGGCCACCUCACAGCAGGCACGCACUACGUCUCCGUCCAGAGAAACCUGUCCGACCUUCUGGACAAAAUCCAAUGGGCCAAAGAGAACGACGCCAAAGCACAAGAGAUCGCCAGAGCCGGACAGGCGGUGGUCCGCGAGCUGCUGCAGCCCGGCAGGCUGUACUGUUACUACUACACCGUGAUGCACAUGUACUCUGAGCGGCAGACGGGUCAGCCUACACGGCACGCAGACAUGGAGCUGGUGCCUCAGCCCGACGACCACUCUGCUGUGUGCACGUGUGAGCGUAACAUCCACGAAGAAGAACCCAAUAUGAAGGAUGAACUAUGAUGGAAUCGGCCUCUAGUCUCUAAUUAUUGCCAUUUGUUCUCUGAAACCUUGCUGACGUAUACAGAGAGAACUAAAUGUUCCUGAUCCUCAAAAAAUGUGACUCUCACAGUUUACAAUAAGUACUACAGUUGAGAUUUGUGCCUUUAGUUUGGAUAGUACAGGACGUUUGAAGAAUCAUUUAAAGGGCCGGUGUGUAGGUUUAGGAGCUGUUUAGUGUGUAACGACCUGAGUCCUUCGUACCUACAGAGGGAAUGGACUCCUUGUUUCUACAGGAGCCCAGAGCGGGCAAACUAAAGACAGCCUUUCACGUUGGUAGGUUACCUGAGGACCACCGUAGUUCAGACUCACUUGUGGAACCGCGUUAACACGAGCCGCCUUCUGACUGCCUACAGUAGUGUGAUCGUGGUACGAGGUCUUCAUGGCCUUACCACAGGUUCACUGCAGUCCUGUGAGCCGAGGGGUAUGCAGCCACACCACUAGAUGCCACUAAAUCCUGCACGCUGUCCCUUUUAAACUAAAGACUCCUCAGCCAGGCUGCAGGGAACUCCUCUGAAGAUGAGAAUGCUGCUCUUGUUUUUAAUACUGUGUGUUUUGUACUGUUUGUAGUCCUGGUUGAUGAUUCAAGUGAGGAUAAAACGACGUGCCUUUGUACCAGAUAUUUGUAUACAGUAUUAUCUUUAAAUAAAUCCAUCUGAAAUAAUUUGUAUUUUUCACAGUUUACUGGAAAGAUCAUAAACAAUCAGCUCCUUUUUGAGAGUGCAAUGACUCACUAUAGAGCAGCAGCACACCCUGCUCCCCACAGAGGAGGCUGCUGCUCUUCUGUGUGAGAGGGAGGUCCACGUAUAAAGAAGAGGGAUUGGGUGAAAUAGACCACUUACUGUAGUUGGAUCCCCAGCUCCUCCAAUCCACAUGUUGGGCCACACACUGAACCCACAUUGAUCCUGGUGGGCAGGUGGUUCCUUGAUGGCAUCAGUGUGUGAAUGAAAACAUGUAGAGUACAGUGCUCUAAGUGGUCAGAAGACGUUCUACAAAAGUCCUGUACCACUUCCUGUUUAUGGAGAUGUCCACGGCUUAGUGAGGUCUGCUCCUCUUCU